CCUCCUCCUCUCUCCAUCUCUUCCUUCCGCAGCCUCUCGCACGCUCCGCCGCCGCCGCCGUAAUGGCCGCCGCCGGUCUCAUCCCCUGCAGGCCCAUCUCCGUCAAGGCCGCGGCCUCCUCCUCCGCCGAGCGCAAGCCGGGCCCUACCGGCCGGCGAAGCCCCCCCUCCUCCUCCUCCUCCUCCAACUCCAACAGCAGCAGCAGCAGCUGGUGGGCCCCGAUAUUCGGCUUCUCCGCCGAGCCGGGCUACAUUGGCCCCGCCGACGACAAGGUCGCCUACCCCGGGACGGCCGACGCGAAGCCCGCGAGGUGCCGCCCGGACCCGAUCCGGUUCACGGAGGAGAAGGCGCGGCUCCUCAGGCUCAUGACCUCCGACGCGGCGUCCCUCCACGACCCGAUGUAUCACUCCGCCAUCGCGUCCCGGCUGGCUUCGGACUUCGGGGACCGGACCGAUCUGUAAUCCAGCCCGGCAGGGGCCGGACCGGACCGUGUUAACAUCUUGUAUGAUGGUCCUUGUACAAUAUCUUAGGACACACUCUUUCGAUUUUUUUU